AUGGAGACCGAUUGCGAGAGUUCGCCGGAGGAGCAGCAAGGAAAACAAAAAAAGGCACAAGUCCAAGCCCGCGACGACAACGAGCAGAGCAUAGCCGCUAACGACGGUGGCUUCGGCUUGCUUGCGGAAAUGCGUGCAAUGCAUGCAAAGAUGACAGGACUGAACGACAAGAUCAAGAAACUCGAAUCUCAUCGCCAGAGUCAUCUGGAUCUCCGGCAAAGGGCCAUUUCCACAUGGGGGAGAGAUGCGAUUUGCAAAGACACAGAACGCCAGACGGAGGAAACCCGCAGACUGAACGAAGAUAACAUCCACAAUGGUGAUGUGCGAUCGGAUGCUAUGGUAGUCACUGGGCGCUACAGCAAAACCAGCAUCGAAUGGCAGAGUUUCCGUAUUCUAUAUGGACUCACCCCGGACAAUGUGAAUGAUCUUGACCAACAGAAGUGCAACGGAUCUCUGCUGGCCCUAAAUAGAGCAGCCUCUAUCCUACUCAAAGACGCUCUGACAAGCCUCCCUAACGAAGCGAUGGGGAAGAAACGCGAGGAUAUUGUCGCCCUGCUCUUAGAAGAGAGAUAUGAAGAGGCUGAGAAGAUGAGCAGCACUUUUCUUGUGGAAACGAGUCGUCUGUGGCUGAAGAGUAGUCCUAGUGUCAAGUAUGGUUUUGGAAAUCGUGACACUCGAUAG